AUAGUUGAUUUCAUUCUUCGCCUGGAUGACGAAGGUUGGCACUUGGGUUGGUAUUCUGGAAAUGGAAGGGAAUUUUAAGAUGUUACGCUUGAUACUCCUAACCAUCUUGGUGGGUGUUUCUGCUCCAAUACUGUACUUCUACUUCCAAAGCCCUCCUCCGCUACCAGACAUCGACCUGGAGGAGUGGUGGGGGCCCAAACUCGCUAAAUCCAAGUAUAAUGACAGUAUCGUACCUUUCCAAGUGGAGUUCAGUAAUUUGAUCGUCAAAGACAUCAAGGAACGUCUCCGAGACCGUCACCCGCUCACUCCACCGUUAGAGGGUAUCGCUUUUGAAUAUGGCUUCAAUAGCAAACAGCUGGAGUCCUGGCUGAAGUAUUGGGUUGAGGAAUAUCCAUUCAGCGCUCGUGAAAAAUACAUAAAUCAGUACAAACACUACAAGACAAACAUUCAAGGCUUGAACAUACACUUCGUCAGAGUAACGCCAGAGGUCCCUGAAGGUAAAGAGGUGGUCCCACUACUGCUACUGCACGGCUGGCCAGGCUCGUUCCUGGAGUUCUACGACGCUAUACCACUCCUCACUGCUGCGAAUAAGGACAGGGACUUCGCAGUCGAGCUGAUCAUACCUAGCCUGCCUGGUUAUGGGUUUUCUAGUGGAGCAGUCCGUCCUGGUUUAGGUGCUGAUAAGAUGGCCAUUGUGAUGAGAAACCUUAUGUCUAGACUCGGAUAUAAGAAGUACUACAUCCAGGGUGGAGAUUGGGGAGCAAUUAUCACCAGCAUUAUGACAACUUUCUUCCCAAAUGAAAUACUAGGCUACCACACCAACAUGGCUUUCCUUAUGACGCACCCAUGGUCUUCCAUAGUUCUUCUCUUGGGCUCGAUAUAUCCACCCCUAGUGGUCAGCUCUGACGUGGCUGAUAGGAUGUAUCCUUUGGGAGAACACUUUAGUUACCUGCUGCAGGAGUCUGGAUACUUUCAUAUACAGUCUACCAAGCCGGAUACUAUUGGCGUUGCGCUCGCAGACACUCCAGCAGGCUUAGCAGCGUACAUUCUAGAGAAAUUCUCGACCUGGACCAAACCGGAAUACCGCUCAAAGCUUGAUGGUGGUCUCACUCAGCGCUUCACCAAGGAGAAGCUGAUUGAUAACGUGAUGGUCUACUGGGUGACCAAUAGUAUAACAACGUCUAUGAGACUGUAUUCUGAGACGUUUAAUAAGCGGUUCCUUGGAUUGGGGCUCGAUAGAAUACCAACCCCAGUACCAACCAGCGUUCUCCAGGCGAAGAAUGAACUUACCUACGAACCGGAUUGGGUCUUGAAAGUCAAAUACCCAAACCUCCUGAAAGCUGCUACCAUUGAUGAUGGAGGUCACUUCUUAGCCAUGGAGUUACCUGAUGUGUUUGCUAAGGACGUUUUGACAUCCAUCGCUUCGUUCAGGAAUUGGCACACGAAUAGUAGGAGCGAGUUGUGAAUAAAGUUGUAAAAUAUG